GUGGAAAACCACACUUGAAGCCAAUGGCAAGCCACUUACCCAAGUGUCCAUCAAAUGUGGCAUAUACCAAGGUGAUGCACUCUCCCCACUGCUGUUCUGCAUAGGACUGAACCCCCUAAGCCAAGUAAUCACCAAGACAGGCUAUGGAUACCGCCUCAGAAAUGGAGCUACGAUCAGUCACCUCCUCUACAUGGAUGACAUAAAGCUGUAUGCUAAGAGCGAAAGGGACAUAGAUUCCCUGAUCCACACAACCAGGAUCUACAGCAGCGACAUCGGGAUGUCAUUCAGGCUUGAGAAAUGUAGUCGGAUGGUGACUCAGAGAGGAAAGGUAGUCCGUACUGAAGGGGUCUCGCUCCCAGAAGGAACAAUAGCAGACAUUGAGGACAGCUACAAGUACCUUGGUAUACCACAAGCCAAUGGCAACCUCGAACUGGCAACGAGGAAAGCGGCUACGGCCAAAUACCUCCAGCGAGUGAGGCAAGUCCUAAGAAGCCAGCUCAAUGGCAAGAAUAAGACCCGGGCAAUAAACAGCUAUGCCCUGCCAGUGAUCAGAUACCCUGCAGGAAUAAUAAGGUGGCCAAAGGAAGAGAUUCAGACCACGGACGUUAAGACCCGAAAGCUCCUAACCAUGCAUGGAGGGUUCCAUCCCAAAUCCAGCACCCUGAGACUGUACGCAAGCCGAAAGGAAGGAGGCCGGGGACUAGUGAGUGUGAGAGCCACUGUCCAGGAUGAAACAUCCAAGCUCCAUGAAUACAUCAAGGAGAAGGCUCCAACGGAUGACGUACUCAGAGAAUGUCUAAGACAAUGGGGAACAGCAGAUGAGGCGCUGGAAGAGGGACCAUCAUGGGAGGACAAGCCCCUACACGGGAUGUACCACCGGACCAUAACUGAAGUGGCUGAUCUCAAGAAGUCCUAUCAGUGGCUAGAGAGGGCUGGCCUGAAGGACAGCACAGAGGCACUCAUCCUGGCUGCUCAGGAACAGGCCUUGAACACCAGAGCCAUCGAGGCCCAGAUAUACCACACCAGACAAGACCCAAGGUGUAGGUUGUGCAAAGAGGCACCUGAGACGAUCCAACACAUAACUGCAGGGUGUAAGAUGCUGGCAGGGAAAGCCUACAUGGAACGCCAUAACCAGAUGGCUGGCAUAGUCUACCGAAACAUCUGUGCAGAGUAUGGACUGGAAACCCCAAGGUCAAAAUGGGAAACACCUCCGAAGGUGGUGGAGAAUGACAGAGCGAAGAUCCUGUGGGACUUCCAGAUCCAGACUGACAAGAUGGUAAUGGCGAACCAACCAGAUAUCGUGAUCAUAGAUAAAGGGCAGAGGAAAGCCGUUGUAGUGGAUGUAGCGGUCCCAAGUGAUGGAAACAUCAGGAAGAAGGAACAUGAGAAACUCGAGAAAUACCAAGGGCUCAGAGAGGAGCUGGAGAGAGCCUGGAAGGUAAAGGUGACAGUCGUGCCUGUGGUGGUCGGAGCACUCGGGGCAGUGACCCCCAAACUAGAUGAGUGGUUGCAACAGAUCCCUGGAACAACAUCGGACAUCUCAGUCCAGAAAUGUGCAGUGCUGGGAACAGCAAGGAUACUGCGCAGAACCCUCAAGCUUCCUGGCCUCUGGUAGAGGACCCGAGCUGAAUGAGGGACGGACACCACCCGAGGGGUGAGAUGAGGAUUU